UCUUUUGUUGCUUCAAGCAAUCGGUGUCUUGAACAUACUGGCUCGAUCAACUCAACUUCACGCCAAAAAAAAAUCUCAUUGUUAGCUUCCUACUAAGAAUGACUUUAUUCUCCGGACUCUAGCACGAAUAUUGGUUCUCUUCUCUAAAAUAAGAUUCAUCAAAUAGAAGUUUUAAGAACAAAAUAAGACUAACAUAUUAUUAGGCAUAUUAAUAAAAUAAAACAUCUUAAACAGCCAAAUUAGCAAUUCUUUCAACAAUUGAGAUAAGAAUCAGACGGAUAUCCAAAAUAUCACCUUUUUAUAAUUACUAAUCGCUCUUCAAGAAUCAAAUGAAUUUUAUAAAUAAUAAUUUAUAGUUUCUUAUUAGAAUUUAAGUUCUCUGCUUAGCUAUAACUUAAAUUUUCUCUAACUAUUCACUUCAUUCAUUUUUACUUGUCACGUUUAGAUUUGACACAUCUAUUAUGACAGGAUUAUUUUAUCACACAAUCACUCUUAAUUGAGGUUAAUUCUUCUAGGUUUAUCUGGCUGAAAUUGGAAAAUAGUCAUUUUAGACCUGUAAUUAAGUUUAUAGUCAAUAUUUCAAAACAAUUUAGUAUUAAUAUAAUAUCCUAGUUAAAAUACGAAAAAAAAACUCACUUUAUCAGUUUGCAUUCCACAAAACGUUCAUAAAAUUCGAAUUGAUGAAUGUUUGAAUUCUUUCAUUCAAUGAAUUUGCUACCGCAGCGAUUCAUUUUUCGUUUUGGAUUUGCCUCUCAAACUUCAACUUUCAAAGGAAACUAUCCAUGCUCAAUCCUUAGCCAUGGAAGAAGAAAAUUCAGUGCAACUAAUCUCUCCUCAGCUACUCCAAAGUCAGGUGAAGAGCUUUUGUUAGUAGUAGGGGGCGGAGCAGCUGGAAUUUACGGUGCUAUAAGGGCUAAGACUCUCGCCCCGAAUCUUCAAGUUGUUGUAAUUGAAAAAGCGAAACCUUUAUCAAAGGUCAAAAUUUCUGGAGGAGGUCGCUGCAAUGUGACUAAUGGGCAUUGUCCUGACAAUAAGGUUUUGGCUGAACAGUAUCCGAGGGGUCAUAAGGAAUUUAAAGGCUCCUUUUUCCAUACUCAUGGUCCAAUGGAUACAAUGUCCUGGUUCUCUGAUCAUGGUGUUGUGUUAAAAAUAGAGGAAGACGGAAGGGUCUUUCCCGCCAGUGAUAGUUCAUCUACUGUAAUUGAUUGUCUCAUGUCUGAGGCAAAGAGGAGUGGAGUCUUAUUGCAGACUGGAAAAGUUGUUACUAGUGCUUCUUCCACUGCUGAUGGAAAGUUUGCCAUCAAGCUUGAGAAACGUAGCCUUGACUAUGUGGAGCAUGUUGAAGCUGAUUAUCUACUUAUUGCUAGCGGUAGUAGUAAGCAGGGUUAUAAUCUUGCCACUCAACUUGGCCAUUCAAUUUUGGAACCUGUUCCAAGCCUGUUCACUUUCAAGAUUGAUGACUUGAAGUUAGCAGAACUGUCUGGUGUGACAUUCCCAAAAGUAAAAGCAAAAUUACAGUUGGAAGGCAUUCAGAAGAAAAUACCACAACUUACUCAGGUAGGACCGAUGCUCGUAACCCAUUGGGGACUCAGUGGCCCUGUGGUUCUUAGGCUAUCUGCUUGGGGGGCACGUUAUCUAUCCAGUUCAGACUAUAAGGGUACGCUUUGCGUGGAUUUUACUCCUGACCUCCAUAUUGAAGAUUUAAAGUCUGCACUCACUCGUCACAAGAGUCAAUUUUUGAGGCAGAAGGUGCUGAAUUCUUAUCCUUCUGAACUUGCGGUCGUUAAAAGGUUUUGGAAGUAUAUAUUAGAUCGUGAGGGAAUAUGCGGAGACAUGCUGUGGUCAUCCAUUUCCAAUAAUUUGUUGAUUUCUGUCGCUGCUUUGUUGAAGGAUUGUGCAUUUAGCGUGAAGGGAAAGGGCCAAUUUAAGGAUGAGUUUGUCACAGCUGGAGGUGUUCCACUUUCAGAGAUCUACCUUGCUACGAUGGGGAGUAGAAUCCAUCCUCAUCUCUACUUUGCUGGAGAGGUACUCAAUGUUGAUGGUAUCACUGGUGGCUUCAAUUUUCAGAAUGCUUGGACAGGGGGAUACAUUGCUGGAACAAGUAUCGGUAACCUAGCUGUACAUGAGAGAGUUCAUCGGUAAGUUAUGCAGUAAUUUGGAGAUAUUGAAGAGCUGAUGAAGUUUUUUGAAAUAGUGAUUCUCCUAGUUAUGUUUUUUUUUUCAAAAGGGAAAAGGUAAGUGUAUCAAAAGACUUGUGUAUAAGUUCAUGUAGUGAAAUCUCUUUGGAAUGAAUGAGAAUAGUUGCUGAUAACAUGAAUUCUCGUCUUGCAUUAGUGACCUAUUUUAUAAGAGAUCUUCAUUUUUAUAUUUGAAGGAUUUGGAAAAGUCAUUUUUUUCCUAUUCAAUUUGUAAGUGAUCAGAGGAGAUCAGUUUUUCGUGACGCUA